AUGUUUUGGCAAAAUCACGUCAAAGGCAAGAUUUUUAACCAUCCUCAGAUCGUAUUUACCAUUAUUCUAACGAUAUGGGUGAUUGGAUCAUUAUCUUAUUUUGUCUGGAUUGUCUACGACCUUUUCUCGCAGGAUAAAUGGAGCGGAUUUCGAUUCUCGGAUUAUCCGAACAUAGCUACACAAAUAUGGCAGGUUCCACUUGGAUUUUUGGGGAUAAGGGUCAUUCAAACUCAAAAACCUUCCUACAUGCAGUUGUUUUUGAUCGUCAUGUUAACCGCUCAGAUAUUCUCUUUCAUAUAUACGAUGCUGAAUUAUGCGAAGCAGAUUCGAGAAAUCAACCAACGGGCAGAAAUCAAGCACCAUUUUUACGGGGAACCCCUGAAGAAGUUUCCCAAAAAAGUCGUCGCAUCGUAUUACCGUUACAUAAGGGACCGCCAACUCGCCAAGGAAUCGUUCGAUGCCCCAGUCGUUCUUACUGCUCCACUUGAAGAACAAAAUCUGCCACUAAACAAA